AUGGAUUUAGUUGAACCAGAAAUUGGUGCAAGUAUAUUAAGAAACACUGAUUAUCCAUUACAUCUGGGUUAUAUUGGUAUCCAAAUUGGUACUGGAACUUUAUGUAGGAAACUUAUGGAAGUGUUGGAGGAAAAUAUGGCAAAAUCAUUGUUUUCAAUUGUUUCAGCAGUCCAAUCAGAAUUAGAAGAGGCUUCAGAAUCUUAUGUUGCUGAAACCAUUGACAGCAUUAAACAUAAUUUCAAAGACUUUGCACAUUCUUUUGGAAAACCUCAAGUUAGAAAUGAAGUACGUGCUAUGUUAGAGCAGAGAGUGCUAGAUCUUUGUGCAGAGUUGUAUUGGACAGAUAAAAGGAUUGUUGACUUGCCAAAAACACCGCCCGAUGAUCUUUAUUGGCAAUAUAAACUUGACAUGAGUUCUGCCACACUUACUAAAAGCGGUAUAGGAAGAACAAGUACUCAAUUAGUAGUAGAUGUAUUAAUGGCAAAUAUGGAGAAAUUAGCAUCAAUGGAACCACUGAAUCAUCACCCAGAUACUAGUAAAAAAGUGCUUAAUUUUAUUGAAUGUAAUGAACGAGAAUGGGCUGAAGGUUUAAAGAGAUCGAUUUUACUUGUAGAAAAAGAAUUAGAGUAUUGUGAUAAUGUCUUACAACAAAUCAAAAAUACUGUAGAUGGAGAAAAAGAACCAGCUAAACGUGCAAAUUUUAAGGCAAAAGAAGGUUCUGUUACAGAAAUCAACAAGGAAGUCACAAUCACCCAUAAUAUACCAUCAGCAUCCAAUAAAGUUUAUGUGGAAUUUUUAAGAACCAAUUUAUUGGAGGAUUUUUUUACUGCUGUUAAAUUUUUCAAAUAUUUUCAAUUUAUGUUUUCACAAAAGAAACAUGUGGAGGAAGCUUUAUUUAAAGCUUUAAAAACUGUUGCCUCAGAAAAUGGUGUUCUAGCCAAGAAAGCAAAAAGCUUUUUAGCUGUUCUUGAUGAACAUAUUCAUUCUGCACCCAUACAGCAAUUUUGGUAUAGUGUUUAUAGUGUUUAUCUACAAAAUGAGAAAAAUAAAAGUCGUACUGCACAAGCUCUACUGCAAGAACAAGAGAUACAGGAAACAUGUCAUAUAAAGUCUAAUGUGUUGAAGGAGCAUAUAAUUGAGAGUGAUCAAGUAUUAUUAAAAAAAAGACGAAAUACGAGUGAUCUUAAAGAAACUAAUACAAAAUUUCUUCAACAAAAGAGACUCAGAAGCUAUUCACCAGUUUAUUAUGAAGAGAGUUCAUCAUCCGACUCAGAGAUCGUACCUAUUUCUCUUAUAAAUGUUUUUUGUGAAAUUUCUGAUAAAUCUGAGAAGAAUCUAGACAAGACAGCUGAAUUAGAAACAUCUUCAGCAUUAACAAAGGAGAUGUGUAUCUUGGCUGGUGAAAAAUUAAUUCAUAAUGGCAUAAACGUGCUAGACUUUACUCACUCAACAAAUGAGAUUAAAAAAGGACCACUUUCUAUUGGCGUAAUAAAUAUCCACAAUGCUGAUUGUACCAAAUAUUUACCUGAUGACUUUAAAAAAUAUAUUGUAAAUCAGCUACAAGACCCCGAAAUCAAGGCUAUAAAAUUUUCAAAUGGAAGAACUAUUAAUAAGCUUCAUGUUGAUUGUGAGGAAGAAGUGUUGCAAUUCCUGGAUAAGUUCGAUCAUGUAAUGAAUUUGGAGUCUUUGGGAAAACAUCUGGACAAAAAUUCAAUCAGUUAUUUUUCUGCAUCAAAUGAUCUGAUAUAUGUUCAGAACCUCUUUCACUACUUCUACUUUUUAUAUAAAAACAACAUCUUGCUUCAACCUAUGUCCGAACACGAGUUUAACGCAUAUAUUUGGACCCCCUUAUUAAGAAAUGCGUUUCUGGAAAAAACAGAUAUGAAAUUAAGUUACAGAGAAUUGGCCUCGAGAUCAUAUAAUAAAUUAAAAGAAAUCUUAAAUGUUGCUGGAAAUAGUGGCCCAAAGCUUGACAGAAAGGGAUUUUUGAAAUCAUUAGGUACUGAAGUAUUAGCACAAGAGGACGGAGUCCUUAAUAUGCAUGGCAAGAGAACCAGCAAUCUUAAAAA